AGGUGGCGGUAGUGGCACGAACAGCUGGUCUACCAGUUACACAACUCAAAGAAGGAGAAGCCCGGAAGACUCCUACCUUAAUUAGGAAAAAUGGCGUCCGGCAGUGGGAACAAGAGUGACUUUCGGCGCAAGUGGGACAAAGACGAAUACGAGGAGCUCGCGCAGAAACGACUCAACGAGGAACGCGAUAAAAAAGAUGGCAAGCCUGCACCCCCAGUCAAGCGGGAGCUCCUGCGGCACCGAGACUACAAGGUGGACCUGGAAUCCAAACUGGGGAAAACCAUCGUCAUCACAAAAACCACCCCCCAGUCGGAGAUGGGCGGGUAUUACUGCAAUGUAUGUGACUGUGUCGUGAAAGAUUCCAUUAACUUCUUGGACCACAUCAAUGGGAAAAAACAUCAGAGAAACUUGGGCAUGUCCAUGAGGGUGGAGCGCUCUUCCUUGGACCAGGUGAAGAAACGUUUUGAAGUCAACAAAAAGAAGAUGGAGGAGAAACAGAAGGAAUAUGACUUUGAGGAGCGGAUGAAGGAGCUUCGAGAAGAGGAGGAGAAGGCCAAAGCUUACAAGAAGGAGAAGCAGAAAGAGAAGAAGCGGAAGGCCGAGGAGGAUCUGAACUUUGAAGAGGACGAUGAGAUGGCUGCCGUCAUGGGAUUCUCAGGAUUUGGCGCUGCUAAGAAGAACCAUUGAAAAUAAGAACAAUUUUUUACUAAAUGAGUCUGUCAGACCUGUCCUCCUCAGCUGCUCUGUAGACAGUUGAGGUUCAGCUUGGGGCUUUCUUUUUUUCUUCUUUUUCUUUAAAACAUGGAUAAAAGUGUAAAGUAUGUGCUUCUAUGUACUCAUUCUCUACAUAUAGGUGCAAAGGAAGCCCCCAACAGCUAUUUGGAUAGGUAGGCACAAGUAGUGUCGUUUGUGUAACACUACCACCAAAACCAAGAGCCAUUUGGUGGUGGUAUGAUUUUGGUGUUAUGAUCCCUUAUUUUUAAUUUAAAGGAUUUUUGUAUAUAUAAAAAUGAACCAAGAAA